UCUCGUAGGACAUGUUUUAUUGUAUGUACAUUUUGUUGAAUAUAAGCUAGACUGUUGCUCGUUAGAUUAACGCACGCCAGAUCUGCGGUAACUCCGCAGACAAAAUCCUCUUCUAUCGUGUGUGUGUAGAAUUAAGCUGUAGUGUUGUGUGGAGCUGUAGUGUGCCAAGUCGCUUAAAGUUGCGGGAUUUUCAGCGAGGUGGAUCUUUGAGAUUUUGAAGCUCAACACCGGACCAUACACUCGUUGAGGCGCUCAUUUACAACGUCAGUGUUGCGUCAAAUUUCUCCGAACGCUUUCAUUAAGGCGCUUUAAAUUCGUUUGAUUUAUUGGCCUGGUUCUCUCUGGAUUUACUCGUCAUGAAUGGGUUCAGCACGGAAGAGGACAGCCAUGACGGCCCGCCUGCUCCGCCGUUCUUCGGCCAGAGCUGCUGUUUGAUCGAGGACGGGGAGCGCUGCGGGCGCUCGGCUGGAAACGCCUCCUUUAGCAAGCGCAUCCAGAAGAGCAUCUCGCAGAAGAAACUCAAGCUGGACAUCGACAAGAGCGUCCGACAUUUGUACAUUUGUGACUUUCACAAGAACUUCAUCCAGAGUGUGCGCAACAAACGGAAGAGGAAGACCAGUGAUGAUGGUGGUGAGUCACCUGACCAUGAUGUCGAAGUCCCAGAGGUUGACUUGUUCCAGCUCCAGGUCAACACACUGAGACGUUACAAGCGGCACUACAAAAUCCAGACCAGACCUGGACUCAACAAAGCCCAGCUAGCAGAGACAGUGAGCCGUCAUUUCCGGAAUAUUCCAGUCAAUGAAAAAGAAACGCUCACAUACUUUAUUUAUAUGGUGAAGAGCAGUAAAAGUCGACUGGACCAGAAAUCAGAUGGAAGCAAACAAGUGGAGUAAGGUUCCCACACCUCUGCUUACAACUGCCCCCAGUAAGACGCGUCUCAAUGGCAGAAAAGUCAUUAUUUAUGAUGUGCAGAUGUUAGCUGACUUUAAAAUUAAUAUCUGAAUACUUGUGUACAAAAUGAGACAAAAUCAGCUAAAUAUAUACAAAAUCGGGUAACAUACGGGAGUGGAAAACUGUCUGGUGUUACUGCCGUGAAGUGCUUCACAAAAUGUUUGUCUUGUAUUGAUUUUUAACUACUUCUGUGCCAAACUCCAAAGUAACAAAAAAUAAACCACCUAGAAGACACAGAAAUACUGAAAACACAUUUUUAUCUCCGAUAGGUUUCAAAUGUUCAUGUAUCAUACCUAAAUGAUAAUAACACUGAAUGACUGCAGAUUUGGACUUUGUGGUACUCACAGCUAUACAGUUAUACUGAUACAAACCUCCCUGAACAGCCUUAGCAUUUACUUUUUAUUACAAUAUUUUAUCUGUUUCUUGAGUAUUUUCAAUGUUUUACAGACAGCUGUACAGUCAGUCUGCAAUGUAUAGCAUUUUGUAGAUAAUGUGGUGUUAGUUUUCUCCCUUUUUGUGGAAAAGCUUUCUUUGUUGAAAUAAACAGACU